CCUCCUUCAUUACUUGCGGGCUGAGGCACCAUACCUAUCCUCCGUAAUUCCACAACGUCACUAUCAAAACAAUUUAGGUCCAACUCUCCACAAAACUCUUUAAACAUUAGCUUAUCAUGUCUCAUCUUGUCUUCUCUAUCCUCCAUAUUAAACCCACUUAUCAUGACUUCUGGCAUUCUGUGAAGAAUUAUAUUAUUCUCUCUACGGAGAAUGUCCUUAACUUGUUCCACUGCCUCCUCUGCAAUCCCACUUUUGCCUGCUUUUGUAGUACUUUGUGAGUUGUAAGUAUUCUGAGUUUCCAUCACAUAAUCCUUGCAAGAUUUUACUAAAUCAUCCUUUACCUCAUUGUAAAUUUUCUCCUUAGCUUCUUCAAUUAGAUUACCUUUUAUGACAUUCAUAUCCUUAUGCACCUCUACAAGCUUAUCUGUCUUUCCCAUUUCCAACACUCUAAGUUCUUCGAUUUUCUUUUUCACUCCAUCCAUUUCUAUACUAAGUCGGCUCUUAACUUCGGCUACUUCACUUUCAACAGCACCAAGCUUAACAUAUGUCUCCUUCUCAAAAUUCUUCAUCCUUGUUUCCAUUACAUCUUGUCUCUUUUCUAACUUUGUAAUGUGGUUCAGAACCUUACCAGCAACAAUAUCACAUUUGUUGCAGUACCAGUGGAGUUUGCUAGCAUCAGCCCUCCCUAAAAAUUUAUAUACCUCUCUUGAUACUCCUUCACACUUAAUAUGGUGCCAAAAUUCACAAAGACCGCACAGUAAUGCAUCAUCAUAUUCCUGUACCUUCACUUUGCAGUCUGGACAAACCUCCCCCUCUUGAGCCACCACCUUCUCUGUUUGUUUACGUGUGUCACCUCCUUCCGCCAUGGCUGAUCGGCUGAUCCUGGGAUGUGUUGGCAGCAGCUGCAGUGAGAGCAACAAGCCUGGCGUCCAGCCUCCAGACCUGUGGAUCCAUCACGGCCACUUGGAGCUGAAGAACUUUGACAAGGGUGAGUGCAGCAACUCCCCCAACCACGCCUCCAUCAUCCAGCACACAGCUGAAGAUCAGGAACAAGGAGAUGACGGCACUGGGCCAGAGGCUUGGGGCACUCCGGGAGGCUCUGCAGGACAAGGCCAAGGAAGCAAAGAGUGGCCAGGCUGUGGGACCGAGGCACAGAGAGCCAAGACGGCCGAGGGUUUAUCAAGACUGACACCAACAUGACGGUCAGAGUGUUAGAGCUGAAGAUCAGCAACAAGGAGAUGACGGCACUGGACCAGAGGCUUGGGGCACUCCGGGAGGCUCUGCAGGACAAGGCCAAGGAAGCAAAGAGUGGCCAGGCUGUGAGACCGAGGCACAGAGAGCCAAGACGGCCGAGGGUUUAUCAAGACUGACACCAACGUGACGGUCAAAGUGU